UUCGACUGUAGAAUAUAUUCCGGGGCAACACACUCGUCUUGAAAGGAAUUGGCGGUUUUUCCGCAAAGCGAAGCGGUGUGACAAACGUAGCAAGCUAAGUAUGGAAUAACAAAAAAAAAAAAAAAAAGAGAACAUGGAUGAAUGCAGACAUCUUUUAAACAUUCAUAAUUUUCUGUCGGUUCGAAGAUUGAAUUAGUCAUUUUUUCGCUUUUAGCAGAGUCAACUUGAUUCGUGUCUGGGUGUAUCUUAAAUGGGAAUUGUUUGGUUGAGUUAUGAGGACGCGGCUGAAGUCCAGCAAUUUUAGGGCUGGGUUUUUGUGAAUGGCGAUGCUGGGUAAGAUUAGCUAGCUAGCUGUUUAGCUUGCUAGCUAAUUAGUUUCAUGCAUUCAUCGGUUUUUACGACCCAAUGAUUUUAUAUAAUUUGUACUACCAACUGAGCCAACAUGUCUAGCCUCCAGAAAUCGAACGCCAAAUAUUUAUGGCAGUGUCUCCUGAGUCUUGGAUUUCAGCCCGAAAUCGCGGCUAACUCUGUCGGUGCAAGCAAACGAGGAAUCGCGUUAGGACUAACUAUGUUUGACACUCCAAACAAGGAUGCAUUCUACAUCGUCACUCUGUUCUUACUUGAAAAACUGAACCCUACACGUGUGAACGAGGUAUUCAGGCAUUGUUGGCCAGUUAUUGGUUGGAAGGCUGAUGCUGAAUUUCGCAAAGGAACUUGCAAUUGGUUUCGGGAUAUUGCGGCUGAACGUGGGAAUGCCUUCCCUAAAGUUGUGGCGUCCUUGUUCCUUUCACCUGGGGGACCCAAAUUCAUAAAUGUGAUGCUUCACUUGGCCAAGCAUGUCAUGUUGCAAGAGAUGAAGACCUUUUCCACAGACAAAACGUGGAUUCCUGAAGCUUCCUGUGCUAAGACUCAGUCACUGGAGGCAGCCGUGCUGCGGCUUCGACUGAUGAAGAUGCGGUUUCUGAGGACUGCAGUGGCGCAGGACAGGCUUAUCCAGGACUACCAGCGAAAAGCGCAGGCUCAGGUCAAAUCGAUAAGGGAUUUGAGGGCUGAAGAUGCCAAGUUUGACUGCUUGCUGAGGCAUGUAAAAGAAGGUGAAGAUGAGAUGGGUCUUCUGUCUGAGAAGAUUCUGAAGGUCCGGUCCCUCUGGGCCGACGUAAACAACAUCCUGUCCACUCUGGAAGAGGAGCGGGCGGUGGUGGACUGUGUUGUCAAGGGAAAUAUUGACCAGUACACAUUGGACGGCACUGACCUCACUAUAAAGAUCCCUGAUGUUUUGCUGGAGCAGAUUGAACGAUCAGCUUACUCGGCGAGCGUGGGGAACGUGUACGAGGCCGGGCAGCUCAACCUGCUGCGCCUCCUGGAGCUCCUGAACGAGGCCCUGCGCCUCCUGCGGGAGGAGCGCGAGGAGGUGGGGGGCGGCGCACCGCGGCUGGACCUGCCGCUCCUGGAGGAGAAGGCCCUGCUCCUGAGGCGCACCCUGGAGGCCGUCAAGCAGAGGAGGAAAAAGAUUUCCAAAGAAGACAUUCCUGAAGUUAAGGCAUGUAUCCGGAACCUGGAGCUGGAAUGGGACCGGAAGUGGGAGGACUGUUUGAGGCGGAGGCCGCUGGCGUCGUUCCUUAACGAGGAUCCGGCGCUCGACUUCCUCUCCCCGAUGGCGCCCCUGUGCUUUGAGCCGGCCGCCGAGGGCAGCUUCAGAACCUGCGUCUUCUCGCUGUAUCCCGCCAAGCUGCCCGUGGAAUCUGUCAAGGAGGAGGAAUCUGUCAAGGAGGAGGAAUCUGUCAAGGAGGAGGAAUCUGCCAAGGAGGAGGUCCCCGCCGAAAGUUCAGAUUCUUCAGAAAAUGCUGACGGAAGGAGCACGGACCUAAAAGACAUGCAAAGUGUUUGCCACCUUCUGCCCCAGCCUAGUGAGUCACUGGCUUCCAGUUCUGUGGUUUCUUCAAGACCAUCGACUCCAUGCAGAGCUCCCUCUCCUAAACCUGUGAAGGCCAAUCGGAAGACUCUGCCGGUGGGAGGCGCGCGGCCGAAGGCCACGGCGGCGAAGAAGGCGGCCAUGAUCAUGGACCGGGAGAGCGACAGCCUGGCAGACCAGUUUGCAGAAGCCAUCACCGCCGGCCCUGACUACAGGAGACAGGGCAUGGAGCUGGAAGCCCUGCUCGGCACCCUACGGGACCCAUUCUCAACCAGGAAGCAGAUUCCCCGCACUCCGGAAAGCCUGCUGUCGGAGGUGAAGAACUCGUGGAGGCGUGCGGUGGAGGAGGGAGAAGCUGAAAAGGCCCAGCUCUCCGGGGGGCUGAGAGACGGACCGUCCGACUCCUCCAGGGCCCGCCCCAGCGCGGGCACGCCCCUCCCAAACAGCGGAAGGAUGCGCCCCCAGGAUCCUGAUGGGGCCUCCGUGUUCAGCCCCACUCUGGGGGUGGUCGGGGCCUCCGUGUUGAGCCCCACUCCGGGGGAGGUCGGGGCAUCCUUGUUCAGCCCCACUCCGGGGCAGUUCGGGGCAUCCUUGUUCAGCCCCACUCCGGGGCAGUUCGGGGCAUCCUUGUUCAGCCCCACUCCGGGGCGGCCCGGGGCCCCCGUGUUGAGCCCCACUCCGGGGCAGCCCGGGGCAUCCUUGUUCAGCCCCACUCCGGGGGAGGUCGGGGCAUCCUUGUUCAGCCCCACUCCGGGGCAGCCCGGGGCCCGCGUGUUCAGCCCCACUGCAGGGCAGCCCGGGGACUCCCUGCACUCCACCCUGUCCUGGGACUCGGGCCGGCUGGACACCACAUGGGGCCAGAGUGGCAGCGACGUCGUCCAGUUUGGCAUCGCCAGCGAGACCAUUCCGGGGCAGCCCGGGGCCUCCGUGUUCAGCCCCACUCCGGGGCAGCCCGGGGCCCGCGUGUUGAGCCCCACUCCAGGGCAGCCCGGGGACUCCCUGCUCUCCACCCUGUCGUGGGACUCGGGCCGGCUGGACGCCACAUGGGGCCAGAGUGGCAGCGACGUCGUCCAGUUCGGCAUCGCCAGCGAGACCAUCCCGGAGCUGCUGGGCGACGAGAGCAUCCUGAGCUGCAGCACGGGAGCGGCGGACGCGUCGGGCCUGACGGAGGAGGGGGAGAGCGAGCUGGUCUUCCCCGACGUCGCGUGCGACGCCGCGGACCUGGAGGGCCGGCUGCGGUCCCGGUUCGGCCGGAUCCGGAAAGACCACCACGAGGCGUCCUACACGCUCUGCAGGGAAGCGCCUCCGGAGCCGGCCUCCCCUCCGAACGCCGGGAACGCGUCCCAGGCUCUGGACUCUGAGGCUGGCAGCAGGGUCUUCUUCCUCGACCUGGACGCGCUGGAGAGUCCCUCAGUCUCCAGCAGGCUGAGCCUUCCCAAACUGGCCACCUUCUCUCCCAUAGAUGACCUGAUGCUGUAAGGCAUUGCUCCAGGAUGGCUGAAAGGGACUGGUGGUUAAUAUUCCUGUGAAAUUCUCAGCCCUUAGUGUUUGCGUGCAUUUUUUUUUUUUUUUCUGAUUACGUAAAAAAGUGGUUUCUUUUCUCUGCUGAAAAACCAACUGCUGGUCUAAUGUCUUUCUAAUCUGAGAUUUUGAUGGAUUUUGUACAUGUAAAGUCUGGUCUAUUCUCUUAAUAUUUAAUUUAGCUGACUUCUCAUUGCUUUUUCUAACCUUGUUGAAUAUGUUUAGCAAUUUGUUAAUGUAAAAAAAAACAAAAAAAGGCACUUUGAAGAAUCGAACAAAUUUGGGGAAAUAGUAGUUCGAAGUAAAAGCAUAAAUACAAAUGGUAGCGACUGUAAAUAAUUAAUACAUUUUUGCAAUAAA